CAUCAAAUUGCUUAUCACCUUAUCCACGUACGAGGCCCGAUACUCUAUACAUCAAAUGAAAGAAGAAAAGAAGCCCAAUAUAGGAAAGACAAGGCCCACACACAGGUGUACUUGGAGGCCUCGAUUCAUAAGCCCAAAAAAAAAAAAAAAAAACAAGGAGCGCCAGCGCCAAACCCUCGGAGACCCUCCAAGCUCCAACGGCUAGUAUCCAACGUUCAAAAUUAACAACUAUUUAAAAUUCCUUCUUCCUACACUCCUCUUCCUCAAUAUCAUCGUCUCCAUUUGCUUCCUCCCCGUAUUUCUACUCUGCUCUCUUUCUCUCCCUCACUCUACCUGGAGGCGGAGGAGGCAACAUUCACAACAUCUGCUGCAAAUCGGGCCAUACAGCCAAUUUUGUCCCCUCCCAAACUUCUGUAUAUUUGAAUGACGAUGCAGGAUACACGGACUGGGCCGCCUCCCGGCUUCCGACCAACCAAAUCCGCGCCUUCUUCGCCGGCCAAGCCACUGGGCAUAUCAAGAACUCGCUCGGAUUCAUUUCACGCCAUUCAUAAAGUCCCUCUAGGGGACACUCCGUACGUGCGAGCUAAAAACGUUCAGUUGGUGGAGAAGGAUCCGGAGAGAGCUAUUCCCCUGUUCUGGGCCGCGAUAAAUGCAGGGGAUAGGGUGGACAGUGCUCUGAAAGAUAUGGCGAUCGUGAUGAAGCAACAGAAUCGGGCCGAAGAAGCCAUUGAAGCUAUCAAGUCGUUGAGAGUACGCUGCUCAGACCAAGCCCAGGAGUCUCUCGACAAUAUUCUCUUGGAUCUCUACAAGAGAUGCGGGAGGCUGGAUGAUCAGAUCGGUUUGUUAAGACACAAGCUUUGCCUAAUCCAACAAGGAUUGGCUUUCAAUGGUAAGCGCACAAAAACCGCCAGGUCUCAGGGGAAGAAGUUUCAGGUCUCUGUACAACAGGAAGCAACUAGAUUACUGGGGAACUUGGGAUGGGCAUUGAUGCAACAAGACAAGUACAGAGAAGCAGAGGACGCAUACAGAAGGGCACUUACAAUCGCACCAGACAGCAACAAAAUGUGCAACCUGGGGAUAUGCCUGAUGAAGCAAGGCCGGAUCAACGAGGCGAAGGACACUCUCCGGCGAGUGUCCGACGGUCCCCGGGGGAUCGAUUCUCAUCUCAAGGCCUACGAGAGAGCCCAGCAGAUGCUCAAGGACCUCGAAUCCGAGAAGAUGAGCAGCAAGGCAGGGGACGAUAUAGCUGAAUGGAGCAGAUUGUUCGACGCCUUUCUGGGCUCCUCUUCCAUUUGGCAGCCCCAGCCUUGCGGCGGCAAAUCAUCGCCGUCUCAUCGGGAUGAUUUCGGCGAUGAAAAUAUCAACAACAACAUAUUGCCGCCGCAACAGAGGAUGCUGAAGCAGCAGCUGGCAUCGUGGAAUGUGGAUGCCCCGCCGUUCUACUCAGGGAAGCAGGAUCAAGUUCAUGAGACUCUGAAGCGGACAAGGUUGCCGGAUAGUAAGGAUUUUGAGGAUGCUAUCCUGGCGGCAGUUCUGGGUUCUGUUUCUUCUUCAUCGUCGACUAAGGAUGGGCAAGGGAAGCCGCCGCCGGUGCCGGUUGUUGUUGUUGACUCUCAGAGGUUCAAGGUUGAGAAGAGGCUCAAGGUUUUCCAAGACAUUACUCUGUCCCUCAGCCCACGAGCCUGACUCUGACUGACUACUGGGAUUUGACUUCAUGAUGAUGAUGAUGACAUACUCUCCUGCUGCAACAUUUGUAGUCUAAUUGCUGGCCAUUAGUGCCCCAGCUUCUCUUUCUUUUCAAACUUACAAUCUAAUCUUGAAGGUAGUAGUAGUAGUAGAGUAAGGAAGAAGAGGGAGAAGAUAAACUUGUUCUCCUUAACCACUACCUUUCUAAUUGCUGGCACAUUUUCUUUUAUGGAAUGUGGAAUAAGAAAGUGAAAUGACUCACUUUUAUCUAUUUAAUAAUUUUGAGAUAAGGUCGUUUUU